UUCGAGAUAACACUUUCCAUUCAUAUAGAAUGCCAUAGCAUGUCUGGGUUUAGUCUAGUAGAUAUGAAAGGUCUAAUUUUUCUUAUACGUUUCCUUUUAUUGUCAGUGUCAGUUUCUCAGCAUGAUUGCCAAUAUUCGUCAUGUACGUCGAAGUGUUUGCUUGAUCCGUGUGUGACGUCUCUCUGUACUUAUCCGGGAGCUCGUUGUUUGACUAACUACUGCGGUGGAUGCGCGGCUGUUUGGUUAGAUGGAGACAGGCGACUGACCACAGAGGAAUGUGGUGGUACAGAAGCACUUUCUGCAGCGCCUAUAACUAAGUGCUUAGACACUCUAUCAAACUGUUCUUCCUAUGGUCGUUCAGCUUGUUUGCCCCCGUACACAUUAUGGGCCAGAAAACAUUGUCCUUUGUUUUGUGGCUUUUGCACAGUUACACCAGCGGCGCCUGUGAAUAACUGCUCGGACAAACUACCAAAUUGUGCUGACUACGCUCGUUCAGUCCGUUCAGUGUGUACGCCAUUGUACGCGUCAUGGGCCAAAAUCAACUGUGCUCUGUUUUGUGGCUAUUGUUCAGUUGAUACAACACCGACGACAGCCACAGCGCCAUCUACCAAAUCCACAAAAAAUACUCCGUAACUUCCUGUUGAGUUGGCCAUUUCUUUCCUUCUAGUAUAUAUGUAUUUCAUUUGAUCAAUGGUUAAUUAAAAGUAUACCAAAAAAAAUCCUUACAAAAGUCAUGUUUGUCAUCGUUACACGGGGUCGUUAAAACA